GCCGGCUAUAUAAACCACGCGACCCCCUGCGUGAGAAGGAGCUCGUCCCGUGCUUCAUUCGUCGCCGCCUCCUCCUCCGCCGUGAGCCCAUGGACCCGGGGGCACCGCCGACGCCGUCCCAACAAGCAGCCGCCCCCCCGGCCGCAUCCCCGACGACCCUUCUGGGCAGGUACCAGCUAGGACGGGUGUUGGGCCGGGGCAGCUUCGCCAAGGUCUACCAGGCGUGCUCCGUCGCCGACAGCUCCCCCGUCGCGAUCAAGAUCAUCGACAAGAAGAGCAAGUCCCUCAACGCCGUCACGGAGGCGCAGGUGCUGAGGGAGGUCUCCGCCAUGCGCCUACUCCAGUCCCACCCCAACAUCCUCAAGAUCCACGAGGUCAUGGCCACCCGCUCCAAGAUCUACCUCGUCAUGGAGCUCGCCCCCGGCGGCGAGCUCUUCUCCAAGCUCACCCGCCGCGGCAGGUUCACCGAGCCCGCCACGCGCCGCCUGUUCCGGCAGCUCAUCUCGGCCCUCAUCUUCUGCCACGAGAACGGCGUGGCCCACCGCGACAUCAAGCCCCAGAACCUGCUCCUCGACGGGGAGGGUAACCUCAAAGUCUCCGACUUCGGCCUGUCUGCCCUCCCCGAGCAGGUACGCGGUGAUGGCCUCCUCCACACCGCCUGUGGGACGCCUGCCUUCACCGCCCCUGAGGUCGUGGCCCGGCGCGGCUACAGUGGCCCCAAGGCUGACGCCUGGUCGUGCGGAGUCAUCCUCUACAUGCUCCUCUGCGGCUCCCUGCCCUUUGACGACAACAACCUCGUCUCCAUGUACAAGAAGAUCGCCAGGCGGGAUUACCAGUUCCCCAAUUGGGUAUCGAAGCCAGCGAGAUACGUGAUCAAUCAGCUGCUCCACCCAAAUCCAACCUCGAGGAUGAGCCUGGAGGCUCUCCUCGAAACUGCCUGGUUCAAGAAAUCGUCUGUCCUGUCAAAGUCUCAGAGCGACGGCAGCUUGUAUGAAAUGGCAGCCCUUUCCAAGGACUAUGACUUUGGGUCCGUGUCGAGCGUGAAUGCGUUCGAUAUCAUAUCUCUAUCCGCAGGGCUUAAUCUCUCAGGAUUGUUUGAGACGAGCAAUAAGCAAAGCAAGAGGUUCACUUCGACCGCUCCAUUUGAGGAUAUCAGAGACACAGUCAGGGAAGUCGGAGGGAGGUUAGGAUAUGCAGUGGAGAAGAUGAAGGGUGGGAGUUUGGUUCUAAGGAAAGGCGGAUCGGUUCUGAUUGUCGAAGUGUGGGAGAUCGCUCAGUCGCUUAUGCUGGUGGAGGUGAAGGUGGGAGAUGGAGGAGCGGACUUUGGAGAGCAUCACUGGGGAGAGUGGAGGGCUGGGCUCGAAGAGCUUGUUCUUUCAUGGCAGACCGACGAUGUCUGAAUCAGGCCAGGCAAUUUUUGGUCCGCGAGACUGGCAAUGGAAUGUAAUGCUGUUGACUCACGCCUCAUUUGGAAGGAAAGAAUGGAAUUGCUGCAUAAAACUCGGUUGUCCGUCUCUAUGUUCAUUUGUGUCAAAUGGGGCUAUUCAUCAUAAAGGAUGGUUCUUCCUCUUCUAGUCAGAUCCCAACUGAUCACUGGGUAUGAGCCGCUGUGCCCUCAAUGACGAUAACGGUAUCAAGACUGUACGACCCUUUUCUAUGUUGUAGGUAGUGAAACUGGAGCAAGCAUGAGCGGGUGGAUAUGGGUGUGCUUCCUGGCUAGCUGCAUCCGACGGGUAGGUGAGAUUUGGCUUGGGACUGAGCUGCUGUUAAAUUUUUUAUUUUUUUUUCAGUAGAAAGAGCUGCUGUUAAUUUUAGGCUGAUGGGAUCUAUCGAAAGUCUGAAGUUUGUAGUUGAAGUAGUUUUGAUGAAACACCGGUAGAUCUUUGUAUAUGUAAUUUGUUCGAUUGAUUUGGUUUGAUUUGAUCCUGCAGUUUGUUGUUGUAAAUGAUGAUUAUGUGCAGCUCUCUGCCUUGAAAGCACAGAUAUCGAAUCAA